GAUCCUGCAAAUCCCUUUAUCGACUCCUUUUACAGUCACACGUCCCAGCGCUAGCUGGCAAUGUCUGACUAGACAAAAUUCAUUCGUUGCCCAGCUACCAACGGCCACGAUUUACCUUCUUAUUAUCCCUCACAGUUUCACACAGUAAAUCAAAUCUAUCCACACCGUCCGUUCAAUAAUCAACCAAUAAAAUGGCAGCGCGGGAAAACACAAUAAAAUAUAUAUUUAAAAAAAAACUGUGUCACCAAACCGUAACGUGCUACUAGGUGGACAUUAAAGCCUGAAAGAAACCGAAUUGUGACGGUCAGACUUGUUUGCCGUUUGGCGCUUUUAGGAGGAGAUUUGUUUUUGUUGUUGAAUGGCGCCGAAGAAGAGAAAAGCCGAGGGAGGAGAAGAGGCACCGGCAGCAAAGCCUGUAACGACGUCGACGAGGAUGACUAGGAGCGCCAGUCACGGAGCCAACUUGGACUUGAACGAGUCGGCCACUGAGUUGGCCAAGGCCGAUUUUCCCAAAAACAGGGCUAAGAAAGCGACACCAGCUCCGAAGCGCAAGCAGGGAGGAGUGAAAGGUAAGGAGACUGAUUCUGAUAAAGAGAAACCGGUGGAAGAAGCCGGUGGCAAUGAGUCGAAGAAGAGGACUAUUGCGAUUGAGCACUGCAAACAGUGCAAUUCAUUCAAGAUGAGAGCUAAUCUUGUGAAAGAUGGUUUGGAGAAAGAUGUUGCGGGGAUCACAGUGCUACUGAAUCCUGAGAAGCCAAGAAGGGGAUGCUUUGAAAUUCGCGAGGAAGGUGGAGAAACAUUCAUCAGUCUUCUGGGCAUGGAGCGACCAUUUAAACCAAUGAAGAAUCUUGACAUGAACAAAGUGAUUUCUGAUAUAGUUGAAAAGUUGAAAUGAGUAUGGUCCUAGCAGUCAUAACCUUUUUUGUAUUUGCUUGACGCUAACCAAGUCAGUUUGGGUGGCAGUGAAAUCCUUAGCACUGAGAUUUUAUUGAUAUUAUGUAGGCUGUGUUUAUUUGAUUGUUGAUAUAAGCUAACUAAGACCAGGCGAUUGACACAGAUAAUAGACUUUUUGGAUACUGUUGGCCCGCUCAAUUGUAGAGCUAACCAUGCCAAGGCAUUUGGAUUGGCCUGCUCAUUAUAAUAGCAUGUUUUUCUAGUUAAGCUAUA